AUGACUUGCUAUGACUCGGUCACCCACAUUCAAAGGUAAGAAAACAGUUUAAAAGUUUGUUGGUGCCUAUAUAGGCUACCGUGGCUGAGGGUUUAGUUUGGGAGGGGCAUUUUUGGAAGUUAUAGGCCUAUGUUUGGCUUGACAAUGACAAUGGAGUAGGCAAAAGCACAAACAGAUCUGGGACCAGGCUAGCAUCUUAGGUCUAUCUAUAGUCAAAGUGAUACAAUUACUGAGAGCAGAAGAUAGGUUUUUAUGCAGAACAUGCAUGUGGGGUUAUGUCAUGUUGUAAUGGAGAUGGAUCACGAUCAUCAGGUGAGCCUCUGUCCGGUCCUCUCCCAUAAUGACAGCCUAUUAUCUCUCACAUGUGAGCAACCAAUUAUGGUAGUAAAUGGUCUUUGACAUUGAUUUUGAGGUUAUCACAUCUCACAGAUCCUGCAUAAAGUCCGUUUUUUUUUUGUUCAUAACAAUCUAAAACGAUUCUAUUUUUGGUGAAAACAUUUGAUGUGAUAUUCUUGAAAUAUGUCACCAAAAUAGUAUAUUUAUACAACAGACUAAAAUAACAUCACUGUAGGCCUAAAACAAAUGUAGUGGCUGCUGUUGCACUUGCAUGACCAUGGGCUCGAGAGGCGGGGUCUGUUAGACCAGAGUUUCCUCUUUCCACCCAUGCAGACUGUUAUAUUUCUCAUAUCCAACAUUGAAUUGCUGGAGCACAACAAACUGUGCAUGCAGCAGACGCUUGAUGUCAAUAUUUUUUGCUCACUGACUGAUACCUGUCAAUUUCGUUGAAAGCUGGAUAAUUAUUUUUUAUCAAACAGAAAUGGGGUCAUGCAAACUUCUGGAGAAUAUGAACAUGACAUUUGGGAAGUGUGAUUUGCAGAUAUAAUAUAAAGUUUGGGAUCGUAGACGAACGAUGUACGGAAUGGGUUCCUUUGCAUAGCCUAAUUUCCGUUUAUGCAUCAGAAAAAAUUUAAUAGAAAAGGUAAAAUGGAGACAUUUACAUUGCAUGAUUUGCUCAUAAACUCCACUAAUCUUUAUAAGAUAUUAUGCGACUUUGGAAUCAAGAAUGUCUCAGAGUGUGAUGAUGAAAGCGAGACGCCGCCGGAACCGAAAGGUAACCAAUCCUAUUGAUAAUCAUAAUUGAUCAUCAUAAAUUGGGGGGAAAUUAAAUUAACAAAAAGUAAAUGUCUAAUUGUACAUAUAUUUUACAUCUAAAUAACUUUGUUUUUAGUGGAGAUAUUGAUGCAAAGUUUUGUAAAAGAUGUAGCCCGUUCUAUUUUGAAGUCAUAAAACUGUUUUAUUUUGAAGUCAUACCACUCCCCAGCCUGUUACACAAACCUUGGGCCAUUUGUUUUUGUUUGUGAAAAUGCAUUUAGCCUCAAAUCAUCCAUAUUUCAAAAUGUUAGCAAUAUUUGUUUCGAUUAUUAUGCGCAACUGCGCGUUGAGAGCGACCCUUUGGACACCCCAAGCCAUGCGUUUACGCGCGGUUGAAGUAGCAUGCGUUCUUUCGGCUCCUCUGCUUGGAUGGAGUGAAUAUCAUUAUUUAAUUGUUUACAUUAAUCAACACAUGACUAGAACUUAGUACCAGGUCAACACGUAGUUGUCUAAUAGGCUACAGUAGGUCUGAGUGUUAAAAUUGACGGAAAUUAGGUCUGAGUGUUACAUUGACGGAAAUUAUAUCUGAAUUAUCAUUGAAAUUAGGCGAAGCUGAUAGGCUGUAAUAUGAAUCUAAUCUUUAAAAUAUGAAAUAUAUAAGAUACAUAACAUGUUGAAUUUUGUGUUGCUAAUUCAAGCACCACAUUUGCACACACUUUUCCCCUGAGUAAUGCAGCCAACCAGAACUGACUCCAACUGAAUUCCAGAUUAAUUGCCUUUAGCCUACUAAUGCUAGCCCUAAAAUAACCCAAGAUGAGUAAUGAACCAUAAUUUAUAUUUACAGUUUUUCUCAAUCGCUUAAAAGCAAUUUUGUGAUCUGUGUUGAAACGUAGCCAAUCUAAAUGUAUGUAUAGGCCUAUACAACAGCAAUGAUCAAGUGCUCAAAUAGCCUACAUUUACAUAACUUCUGAUAAUUUUCUUGCCUUUGUACCUGACUUGCAUAUCUUAGACCAUCUUUUGCAAAACUUUAAAUACAAAUAUCAUCAGUGAAUACAAACUCACUGUUAAGCCUGUGUUUUGUUCACAGAAUAUUAACACAUUGUUUCCAUCAGAAGAGAAAUGUGUACAAUUGUGUUCACUGUUUCCAGCAAUCAGUAAAUGCUACAGCACAACAUUCUUAAAUCACCCCAUCAGUGUCAUACCAUGUACAAUAUACGGAAAGAUCUAGGGAGUGGGGACUGUCUAAUUUGUAAGUAUUUUUUUCUCUCACAAUAUUGCAGAGAUGCAAAGAAUGAAGUUGGGUUACUUCUAAGUAACUUUGGGUUACUCCAAGUCAUCAUCUCCAACAUUGUGACCUUCCAUUAUAGAGCUUUGCUUUAGUGUGGAUUGAGGCCUAUACAUUCAUAUCAGUUGUUUUUUUCCUACGUUGUCUUCACCUUGCCUUAUUUCUAUUGUGUAUUGUGUUUCUGUGCGCCAAUGGUAAGUCAACAAAACUAUGAGCAAACCAGCCUAUGUAUUGAAUACAUGGAAUUGUGAUUGGACCGAUUAAUGAAUCAGGCACACAAUGUGCUUAUUUUUAUGUCAUUUUUUAUCAGGAAUAAUAUUUGAUUUGAUGUGUAUGAAAUUGUUUGGUGAAAUGUGCAUAAAAGGAGAGUAAUUGCCCAUAAUUCUGCACCUUUGGAUAGUUGUACUUCCAAUUUUGAUCAUCAUGAUUUACUGACUGCAAAGAAAACAUAUUGAUCUACUGGGAUUUUUGAAAGAUUGACUAACUUUCUGUUUUGUCUACUUGGACUCAAGAGAUGAUGAAGAUUAUGUUGAUGAUCACGGUGAUGAUGAUGAUAAUGACAAUUAUAAGAACAAUGAUGCUGUCCAUCUUUCUCUCCUCUCUAUAGAUUUGAACCAGACGGUCCGUAUCUUCCUCUACAGCCUCAUCUUCCUGGUCAGCGUGCUGGGUAACAGCCUGAUCAUCGCCGUGCUGGUGAGGAACCGCCACAUGCGCACUGUCACCAACCUGUUCCUGCUCUCCCUGGCAGCCAGCGACCUGAUGCUCUGCCUCUUCUGCAUGCCCUUCACCCUCAUCCCCAACCUCAUGAGGGACUUUGUGUUCGGCUCGGGCAUCUGCAAGGUGGCCAUGUACUUCAUGGGUGAGUCCAGUGGAUGUACUGUACCUGGGCCUGUAUUCACAAAGCAUCUCCGAGGAGGAGUGCUGACCUAGGAACAGUUUAGCCUUUUAGAUCAUAAUGAUUAAGAUUAUAUGGACAGAUCCUAGAGUAGCACUCCUACUCUGAGAUGCUUUGUGGAUAUGGGCCCAGGUCUCCAUGACCAUGUAAUGGGUUUGUCUGUUAGGGAUUUCUUUGGUAUUGCAAUAGGAUGUGUUUACACACUCUUGUCAACUUCUGUGCUGCAUAGUUAAUCGUGGUCUUAUCUUGUUAUGGUCUACUACACUGUUGUCACUCACUUCAAGGGGUCAAGUAAGGUGAGUGAGUACAGUAGGUUCUGUCCACAUAGGAAGAUUCCUAUGGGGGAGGGGGGGGGGGGUUGACUGCAGUGGGCUGUAGCCUAAUAAUGGAAAAUCAACAAAGAAGCAGAUCCCUGAAUCCAUUGAGCCAAUAACACCUCCAUGUUGGCUCUGACCUGGUGCCUGGUGUGAAGAGACACCAAAUAAAGUCAUUUCAUGGCUAUAGCCGUGGCUGCGUUCCCUUGUUGCCUUCCCGCCGCCCGGGCUGUAAACGUACUGGCCCUGUCUCCUGAUUUAAGGAGCCAUUUACUCUGAGCAGAAAGGUCCAGGCCACAAGGCAAUAAGAGGAAGAAAAAGUACAUGGUAGAAGAGUGAUGUUUGUUUUUGACAAGUGUCUCAAUAACUUUACACUCUCAGGCAUAGAAAAAUCAAUAAAUAUAUAUAGUUGAGGAUCCAUUCUUUCGAGCCAUUUAUAGUCAAGGCUGUACUGUUGUCGUGGUUCAUAACUUGUUCAAAAACAUUCCAUUGAACUUUUUUAUGUCUGGAUGUUGUAUGGAUAUAUAGGUCCCAGAUACAGAAUAGCCCUAUGCAUAGCUGUAUUUUCAAGUGCUCUUGUAGUUCAAAUCUUUUUCAACAAUGUUUCCUGCCUGGAUAUUGUAUGGAUAAAUACUAGGUAUAUGCAUUUGUAUUAGCUGGAUUUAUGUUUUAUUAUUGCCUUCGGGAACAUUUUCUACCAUGGUGUUUGUUAGUAGUUAGAUAGUUUGCAGCCUUCCUCUGUCCUGAUCUGUUUGUUCUUGGAUCCGUGUGCGGUGAGAUCACGGCCAUGUCAGUAGAGAUGAAUACCUCAUCUGUCACAGAGUUUAACAUGAAAUACACCGGUACCUCUACGGUAAUGUGCAUUUAAUUAGAGGUGCUGUUGUUAUUAUUACUCUGUAAGUUUGUUAACCUCUACGGGAUCGGUGUUCCGUAUACAGGACAGUUGAGCUAACGUGCGCUAAUGUGAUUAGCAUGACUGUUGUAAGUAACAGCAAACUUUCGAGGACAUAGACAUGUCUUAUAUUGGCAGAAAGCUUACAUUCUUGUUAAUCUAACUGCACUGUCCAAUUUACAGUAGCCAUUACAGUGAAAAGAUACCAUGCUAUUGUUUGAGGAGAGUGCACAACAACAAAAAACGUAUCACGGCAACUGGUUUGAUACAUUCACCUCUGAAGGUAGAUAAUAUACUUAGAUUCAGUAAUCUUGCACUAAUUUGUCAUCCUAAGGGUCCCAGAGAUAAAAUGCAUUAUAGUUUUGUUUGAUAAAAUCCAUUUUUAUAUUCAAAUGUAGGAACUGGGUUCUACAGUUUGAACCCCUGCUGUCUCUGGCUCCACACCCACCCCGCCCGGCCAUCUAGAUGUGUGAAAGUUAGUGUAUAAGCUAAUGACAUUCCUGGGAGUGUGUAAACUUACAUUUUGUAUUACCAUAUCAUUUUUGUAUGUUCUCUAUAGUUAUGUACUUGAAAAUGUAUCAAUUGACCAAUUCGGUACAUUUGGGCAGAUUUUUUUUUUCUUGAUAAAAAAUAGUCCAGUAUUGCAAUGCUUCACUGGAUCAAUCUGAAACUUUGCACACACACCGCUGCCAUCUAGUGGCCAAAAUCUACAUUGCGGCAAAAUUGCAAUAUUAUAUUGUGGCCUUUCUUUUGCAUUGGAACAAAAAAAAUAAUAAAAAAAGUGUUUUUGUUUGUAUUAUCUUUUACCAGAUCUAAUGUGUUAUAUUCUCCUACAUGAAUUUCACAUUACCACAAACUUCAAAGUGUUUCCUUUCAAAUGGUAUCAAGAAUAUGCAUAUCCUUGCUUCAGGACCUGAGCUACAGACAGUUAGAUUUGGGUAUGUCAUUUUAGGCGAAAAUUGAAGAAAAAAAGAAUCAGAUCCUUAAGAAGUUAACUUCCACUGGUUAAUCCUUAAGAGUCUAUGGACGAACCCGUGCGUCAAUCUAGGUAACAUAAUGUUUUGCAUGGGCUGCGACUCAAUCCACCACAUCCACCUAUGUCGGCCCUCCGCAUCUGCGUGGAAGGUGGCUGAGCUACACCGGUGUUUGUCAGACCAUGAGACACCUCACGAAAACGUCUGUAGCGUCUGAACGGUUUCGCCUAAAAAACUAUUAUGACCACUCUAUGGAAAGGGGAGACUCUCCCGAACACGAUGGUGUUCUCCAUUUUGCAAGUGCCAUGGGACUCGUCUGAAGGUAACCCAUACAAACGAAUGGAAGUAUGGAGGUAGUUUUGUGACAACAAAAAUAAGGGGUUAAAUAUGUGAUAUAUUCUAGAUAUAGGACAGACACUUCAAAACCUUAUACCUUAUGAUACAUUUUUUGACUGUAUUUUUUUAACCAUUUAUGAAUGUGUUAUUCAAUGCGUUUCUAUGGGCUUUAGUAGUAAAGGCGAAAUUCAAUAUUUUAUCAAAUAUUUGUUUUAUAUAUAUUCUUUAUACCUAAAGGGGUCCUAAAAUUCUAAAUCAAAUUACUAAAUUAUCCAUGGUAUGAUGAUCUUAAAACAAUUCCGUAUGUUAGCCUAGUGCUCUGUCUCUACACGCUCGUAAAGUACGGAGUAACUUUCUCACUCAUCAUUAUUCACAAUUCAUUCAGGAUUAUCUGUAUCAAGGUAGCAUCCACAUUAAUGUAGAAAUGUUUAGAAGCAUAUUCUAUUCUUAUUUACAAUAAAAGUUACUCCAAAAUGACACGGUACAUUGUCUACCAUUCAUUUCUAUUGGGCACAAAAUAAUCUGAAACACAACCAAAACAAAGAGCAAAUGCAUCCAACAAAUGUGUAGUUACAAGCUUGAUGUAGUCAUUGCAUGCUAUGAAUGUGGGACCAAAUAUGUAACUUUUUACUACUUUAAUACACAUAAGUGAAUUUGUCCCAAUACUUUUGCUCCCCUAAAAUGGGGGGACUAUUACAAAAAGUGCUGUAAUCUCUAAACGGUUCACCCGAUAUGGAUGAAAAUACCCUCAAAUGAAAGCUGACAGUUUGCGCUUUAACCUCCAUAGUCAUUGUUUGAUUUCAAAUCCAAACGUUUGGAGUAUAGAGCCAAAAGAAGAAAAAAUGCUUCACUGUGCCAAUAAUUAUGGAGGGCACUGUAUAUACCAUGAUAUUUGAAGAAUAUAACUUAUAAAUUCCUCAUUAGCUUAGUUCAACUGUUGGACCCCAACAUAACCCAAAAUAUAAACGUGUUUUAUUCCAUUGUUUGUAAACAAUGUAAUUGUAAACAAAUACUGUAUAGCCUCAAAACAUAGUUAACGUUUUUAUGUUGCUAUCAUGGAUGGUCAUCCAUAACUCUGUCUAUAAAUUUGAGAGUGGUUACAUUUUUCCAGCCCUAUCCCUCAGCUGUUUACCAAAACAGCGGCAGGGUGCCUGCUUUCUUAUUGUUUGAACUGCAGAUUGCCCCUUGAAUUGUGACCUUAACCUGGUCUGGCAAGCCUCCAAAUCACAUUCACAUUAGGCUGCAUUAGGAUACUACAUAUCUACGACACUGUUACAUAUUUCUAUAUUACUACACUGUAACAUUUUACAUACAUAUUUACUACACUGUAACAUAUUUAGCCGUACAAAAUCACAGCAUUACAACAUGCUAAUGUAGGCUACAUUCUUGUCUGUUAUCGAUCUAUUAAUCAGAAUCUAUACUCACUCAUGUGGUAUGAAGGACCGUUAUCCGUCGUCAUCCCUCCAGGUAUCUCGGUGAGCGUCUCUACCUUCAACCUGGUGGCCAUUUCUCUGGAGCGCUACAGUGCCAUCUGCAACCCCUUGACCUCCCGUACCUGGCAAACCAAGUCCCAUGCCGCCAAGGUCAUCUCUGCCACCUGGGUGGUGAGCUUCCUGCUCAUGCUGCCCUACCCCAUCUCCAGCACCCUGGUGCCCUUCACCCGGGUCAACAACAGCACGGGCAACAUGUGCCGCCUGGUCUGGCCCAGUGAUGUCAUCCAGCAGUCCUGGUGAGAGGAGAGAUACUUUAGAGAUACUUUAAGGUGGGCAGACGAGUGCCAUCACAAAGAGAGGUUUCAACUGUUGUAUAGAAUUCAAUGAUUUGUUUGUCUGUUAGAUGAUAUGUACUUAGCAAUGAUGAGGUAGGUAAUUGUUGAGCUUAGAGAGCUGUUCUCUGUAAGGUCAGAUCACUUUGAUACACUGAAUGCACACUUACCUGCUUUUGACCAAUCUGGUGACCCCAUGGACCUGUUGUUCCUCCCAGGUAUGUGUCCCUGCUGCUGCUCCUCUUCCUGGUCCCUGGGAUCGUGAUGAUGACAGCCUACGGGCUCAUCUCCCUUGAGCUCUACAGGGGCAUUAAGUUUGAGAUGACCAACAGGAAGUCCAGCAAAGGUACGUUUACCUCAACUGACCUCUUGAAAAAGUGCAGCUCUGGCCAUAUCAUGUUAUCUAUGUUUUGUGGCAUCCUUAUUGGCAAUUAUUUACAAUUGGCUAAUCUUUGGUAAAUACAAUUUGUACAGGGACAUUAUUCAUGUAUAUGUUUAAGAUCUGUCACAGAUAUGAUUUCCUUAUCAUUGGUAUAUUCACCUUUAUCACUUGUAAUUGUUAUUUAGGGAAAUACCAUUUUCGUUCAUGUUCAUUUGUAUUCAUAUCUGCUGUUAUGAUCCAUCACAGAGAGACAGUGCAGCACGGGCAGCAUCAAACCCGGCGACAACGACGGCUGCUACCUCCAGCCCACCAAGAAGAAGAAGGGUGAGCUCGCCCACCUCCAGAGCCCUCUGUCGACCCACAGUCCUAACGUGACCAUCAAAAUCAGAGACAGCACGGGCAGCGCUAGCGCAAAGUCCACGCUGAGCCGUGUGUGCAGCAACAGCUCCACCUCUAACCUGAUGGCUAAGAAGCGUGUGAUCCGCAUGCUCCUGGUCAUCGUCUGUCUCUUCUUCCUCUGCUGGACACCCGUGUUCGCCGUUAAUGCCUGGAGGGCCUUCGACCGCCGCUCUGCCGACAAGCUCCUCUCGGGGGCGCCGAUAUCCUUCAUCCACCUGUUGUCGUACACCUCGGCUUGUGCCAACCCAAUUAUAUACUGCUUCAUGAAUAAGCGUUUCCGCCAAGGGAUUCUGUCCACCUUCACAUGCUGUAGCUUCCCCAAAGGUGGUGGGGUUGGGAGGGGGGCUGGGAGUAGGAUGGGGACGGGGACGGGGAGAGGGGGAGGAAGAGGAGGGAUGAGGAGCAGAGAGGAGAAUGGGCACACGCCAUUGAGUGGUAACAGCACGCGCUUCACGUACAGUAGUAUCCGUGGCUCCGCUCAGGCUUAG